GUUGUGCUCGACAAUCUGGAGGGGGUCGGCAAGCAAGGUUGCCGAGCAUUUCUUGAAGCCGAUGAGGCCGUGUGCACUGCGGACAGGCGAGAUAGUCCACACUUUGGUUACUGGUGGUGCAAAAGUGCAGCCUAGCGACAAGAACACAAGGUACUUGUUGACGAAUUACAAGGGAGGCGAGGCCGAAUCGGAUGUGCAUCGUGGUGAUGCAUCACAUGGAGAGGAAGGCUUGGAAGAUCCGCAAACAGACGAGCCCCAACCACCGCCUGUUGCAGGGCGGGCAAUUGCAGGCAUUGCAAACAUGCUCGUCGAUGCACUUGAUGAGGCUGUCGACGCUGGAGGUGCAGCGGAGGGCGGAGGCGGUGAAGAAGGGCAAGGGUCAACAACACGAACGACUACCUUGAGACAGACCAUUGUACGACGUUGUGUGGACAAUGCGGCAAAGAAGAAGCUGGACAUUGCGUGGGCGGAGGCCAUGUUCAGGGCUGGCAUUGCUUUCAAUUUCUUGAACAUGGACACGACUCAGACGUUGCAUGCCGUUUACCUGGAGGUAGCCAACGCGAGGCCGAAGGUGAAGCUACCAUCAUACAACUACAUGAGGACGGUCAUGCCGGACAUCAUCUACUUGAAGAUCCAAAAGGAGGUGAACCCGAUGACGAGGUGUUGGGACUCGACUGGAUGCACGUUCAUCAUUGACGGGUCAACUGGCCGCAAGAAUCGGCCAGUGAUGAACUUCUUGGCGGCGGGGGAACAAGGGGCGGUGCUCGUAACGACGGUGACAAUGAGUGGCAGGAAGAAGAAUGCAGUGGCGUUGGCGAAGUUGUGGGACCAGGUAAUGAGGGAGAUUGGACUGCAAGGCAUCAACGCGAUCUGCACCGACAACGCCGAAGUUAACAAGAAGGCGGCGCAAAUCCUAGAACGACGCAAGGACAAGGACGUGGCGAGAAUUUUGUGGGUUCCUUGCGGGGCACACUGUUGUAGUCUCCUUCUCAAGGAUUUGACCAACCUAUCAUGGAUCAAGGUCACAGUAAAAGCCGCGAACACAAUCGUCAAGUUCAUCCGGAAUCAUCAUGCCACACACGACUUGAUGAUGACCGUCGAUGACUUCGUCCGACGGAAUUGCUGCGAGCUCGACACCACAAGGACAGCGGGUUCGUUGAUGUCUGGGGUUCGUUCUUCAAGCCUAUCAUGGAGCCAGUCGACGCUGGCGACCGAUACUCGGGAUGAGGAGAUGAGGCAAAGGAACAUGGCAAAGGCUCCAAAAAACAGGAUCCCCCAAAACCUUCUCGAUUCCGACACUAGUGACAGCAACGACCUCGAGGAUAUGGUGUGGAAGUGGAAGUGCUGGAAUGAGUCAUCAUCGAAGGACUGCAGCGAGGAUGAGGACUCAGAUUUCGAGCUCGGUGUGGUGCCUGCAGUCCCGGCGACCACGUAUGUCGGCAGGCGAACCAGGCCACAGGAGAGGGAGCUCGAGCUUGACCCUACACCGGUCGUCAAGAGAGUGGACACGGACGUAGAGUUUUUGCUGCAUCGCCACGAUGACCCGGACGAGGAAGAGGCCACCCGUGCGAAGGAGAUGGCGGACAGGGAUCGUGAACUUGAGGAGGGUCACUGUGGAGGAGGCCCGUCGUGCAGCGAUCCCUACACGCAGGGAGAGGGAGAGGAAUGCUGCACAACAGGAAAAGCGUGGGGGCGAGGCCUUGAAGGAAAUGGACGGGGAUGUCCAGCCUACCGUGGAGAAGGGCGAGCAGCGGCAAGGGGAGCCUGCAUACGCAGCGGAAGAACAGCAAGCACCAGUUGUCGUGUACAUGCGCAGGUUCCGCCCAUGCGUGGAGCAACAAGUCGGAGUGGAGGGAGAGACCAACGACCAGCAAGUUGCAAUUAGCCAGAGAGGGAAGGAGAAGCAGGAAGAGCAGCAGGUCGCAGAGGACAUCGGCACGCCCCCUUUCCCUGAAUUGAACGAUGCUCUCCACCAUGACAACCUCUGGAAGAGCAGGGCAGGCAGGAAGAGGAAGGCAACAACGGAGUUCCCCGAAGCGCCCCGACGCGGCCGUGGAAGGCCCAGAAAAAAAAAAGGCAGUCGACAAGACUGCGUUGCAGCACGGACGCCGCAACACUAAUGCUCGCAAGAAGCGUGUCAUUAGUGACGAUGACCCGGAUAG